AUGGAGUAUAAGGAGGCGAAAAACACAGAUAGCAGUGGUAACAUCUGUAACCGCACCAAUGACAGCAAUUGUGAGGGGAAAGGUAAAAGGAGUAAAGCUGGGGGCAGUUUCUCAAAAGGGAAUAAACGCUCAGGGUUCCAUGAAGUCACGAGUGAAAAUCUGCGUGGAGACAAUUCAGACUCCUCAAAAGAGAGCGCACAUGAUGAGCUCAGGGAUGGUAUAAGCAACGACCUAGUUGAUCACUUGAUAGAAGGAAUGCCAAUUGAAAAUGCUGAUGAUGCGGAUAUAGGGGAUGGGAAUAGUUGGGGAGGUGAGAAGAACUACGACCCGGAGAAAAGCUUCCAUCCCGAGGACAGUCACCCGGAAGGAGUUAACUGGAGCGACGACUUGAGCAUCCUGUGCAGAAGCUUCGACAGCGGAAGCGGUGAGCAGUCAGAUGAUCCCCCGGAAGACAAUGUCGCAGAAUUUAUAAUAAAAAAAAAAAUUUAUGAAAGAAACAUUGCCAUGAUUGAGAAACAAAUACAGACGAAUAAGCUGAACAAGCUCACGCGCGCACGGGAGGCUCUACUAGGGAUGAUCGUGCUAAUAAAAAAUAGGAAACUGAGCUUGAGGUGA